UCGGUAGUUUGAAGCCGGCUGCCGUAGACUGCGAACGCACCAUGGCCAAGGUCAACAUCCCCUCGUUUACGCUCAACAAUGGCAUCAAAAUGCCAGCUCUGGGUUACGGGACGUGGCUGGGUCUCCGCCCGGACGGAGAGUUCGACUACUCUGGCUGGGACAAGAUGGUGGACUGUGUCUCGUACGCCAUCGACGUGGGAUACCGACACAUCGACACGGCUCAUCUCUACAGGAUCGAACCCGAGAUCGGACAGAUUAUAAAGAAAAAGAUCCAAGAUGGCGUCGUGAAGAGAGAAGACCUUUUUAUCACCACUAAGGUGUGGCCGACGUACGCCCGCGAGGCCGACGUGGAGGUCUCGUUGCGCGGCUCCCUGCGCCGUCUAGGCCUCGACUACGUGGACCAGGUGCUCGUGCACUGGCCGAUGUCCUACACUGAAGAAGGGGUAGACCGAAAGAUCGACUACCUAGACACCUGGCGGGCCUUCGAGACGGUCCUUAAGAAGGGUCUGACGCGCUCCAUCGGCGUCUCAAACUUUAACGUUGACCAGCUGAAGCGCCUUGUCGCCAACAGCAAGGUUAAACCAGUCACCAACCAAGUCGAGCUCAACCUCGCUUUCGGCCAAAAGGAGCUGGUUGACUACUGCACCUCUCAAAACAUCAGGGUUGUCGCUUGGGCGCCCUUCGGAGCCAUGAUCGCCAGCCGUGCGGCCCCUGAUGCCAAGGGACCUAAGAUGGACGACCCAACCCUCGUCGCUAUUGCCAAGAAAUACAACAAGUCUGUCACACAAGUCGUGCUCAGAUACUUGUACCAACGAGGCAUCAUCACCCUCCCAAAAACCGUCACCCCGAGCCGCGUCAUCGAAAACGCCUCCAUCUUCGACUUCGAACUGUCGCAGGCGGAGUUCGACACAUUAGCGAAGUUCGACAUCAACUACCGCUCGAACAGACCAACAUAUUGGCAGAACUUAACACACUACCCGUUCGAAAAGUACGACGUUCCCCCCAGUACUACCCCGAAGUCAAUGCUUUCCUGGAAGAAUGGGAAGAAUCAAGAUAUCGAUUAG